AUGGAUCGUGAACUGAGCGAAGAGGAACUGCAGGAUUUGUUCGCAUGGAUAGACAAAAUCCCUCUGUCCCGGCCCAAGAGACACAUCACCAGAGACUUCAGCGACGGAGUGAUGGCUGCUGAGGUGGUGAAGUACUUCUUCCCAAAGCUUGUUGACCUGCACAACUAUAUUCCUGCAAACUCCACACAGCAGAAGCUCAGUAACUGGAACCUCCUCAACAGGAAGGUGUUUUCCAAGCUGGACUUUCACGUGCCCGAGGAGACGGUGAAGAAGAUUGUACUGAACACUGCGGGAGUGAUCGUGCCUGUACUGAGCACCCUCAGGGAGAAAAUGGAAAAGAAGUUGGAGCACACCGCAGACAAUAUUCUGGAUUUGGAAUACUAUGACACCAGGAACCAGGAGAAACCUAAUGCAGGAAUUCCUCAGACUGAAGAAAGACUUCCAGCUCAGGCUGCAGAGAUGAAAAAAGACAACAGACAGAAGAAUGGUAAACCGCAGCACACAGUACAGUUUUAUUCAGACAUGGAUCGUACUUUCCAACUAAUCCUGCAGGAAAAGGAACAAGCGGUCAUGGCUUUGCAGGAGACUGUGGAGAUCCUGCAGAUGAAAGUGAACAGGUUAGAACAUCUGGUUCACUUGAAGGACAUGCGUAUUGAAGAUCUGACGCGGCAUCUGGAGACGUACAAAGCAAAAGGCAAUAAGCGCUGACAUGCAACACACAUUCACACACAAAGAAUUUGUUCGAGUUGUUCUGACAUACAAGAAUGCGACAUGAGCGCCAAUAAACCUUUAUUUUAUUAAAAACAUCACAGCAAAUGAUGAGCAUUAAUAAAGAUCUGAGGUAACGGUCCGUCCAACAGAAAUGCAUCACACCUGUUGGAUUGCGCUGAUAAGAUUACAGCUUUUAAGGCGGACUUGUUUUCAAAGUAAAGUGGGUUACAAAGAGUUCCCGUUAACAUCAGUUACACCAUUCACGAAAUGUACAGGAGUUACCAGUAUUUAGUAACUGCAGUUUCAUAACAGAAAGAUUAUAAAGCAGUUGUUUGCCUGAUGUGACACUGAAAUGCUUUUAAUAUCAUGAUUUUUAAAAGAAAGAGGAUGGCAUAUUAUGUCUUUGUAUUUUAUCUAUGGAGAUUUUACUCUAUAUUAUGUAUAGAUCUGUUACGUGAGGGGAGACCUUAUUGAAUAUAAACAGUUAUUUCUGUGUGAGAAGUGAAUGGAAUGUGAUUUUUAUAGAGUUUAUGUCUUCUUUGUACAACCUUUGACUGUCACUACAGCUGGUGUCCACUUUGACCUUCCAGCUUGUCUCACUGUACAAGAGCACAGUGUAGAGCACAUCUCUUCAACAUGAACUGGCUUCUGCAGAAAAAACUAACUAAACAUAAACAGGAUAUGCAGUUUUAGGUUUUUUCACUGACUGUCAUGUUCUUUGAAGUCUAAAAUUACAUCACUCACAAACUAUUACAACUACUUAAGUGUGAAAAUCAGUCAAAGAUAGAUUCUAAGUAAUUAAUGACCUAAUUUCCACUUCGGGUUUUCGAGGUAAAGUGACGACAAAGUUGACUGAUGCCCAAAUACAGUAAAGCAUUUCUGUCACAGCAGCUGCAGACCGCAGCCUGUGGUGCGUCUAUUUAAAUAAAACUUUAUUUCCUGAAGGCUGUUCCAUACUGUCAUAUUACACCAAAAAAAAGACUUGGUGUUGUCAGUGUUUGUCUCUGUGUUGUCUGUGUUGGUGUAGAAUAACAGGCGACCUGCUGAGCUGUAUCAGGAGCGGCAGAUUUGCUGCAGCCGUCUGCCGCUGUGUGUCUGUGUUCUGUUGUGCUCACCUUCAUGCCACAUAGUUAAUCACCACUAUCAAGUCUGAAGGAACACAACAUGGAGGGGGGGGGAGUCAACAGCUUUUGUAGAUAGUUUCAAAUGAGGUGUUUCAUAUGUUUAGGAAUAAAGAACACUGACAGUGAAAGUAAAGAUGUGAUAGAUUUAUACACUAGAUUGUUUCCUAGAAGGGUGUAAUCAGCAGUUGGCAGCACCGACAAACAGCAGUACGAAUGAAAACUCUGCUGCACUUAGAAUGACUUUUUAUUGUCUUUGUAUUUAAUUUUUGUUUUUGUAUUUUUGUUCAUUCCUCAUUCCAUUCAACAUUUGUUUCCCCCCAGCAUUAUUUACAGCACUGUGAAAAAAUAAUGCCACCAAUGUUUUUUUUUUAUUUUGGAAGACUUCAAGAUUUGAGCUUCUACAAAGCUGGUUAUCAGAGACAGAUUUUUUUUUUUAAAAGAAUGCAGAAAAAAUCAGCAGAUCCCAAAAUAAACUGUCUUAUGGUCCCUGAAUCCUGCUCUUCCCACAAUGCAACUCACAAGCAUGUGUCCCUCUGCAUGUGAAAUGUUCUCAUAUUUUAAACAUUGUCGGUAUAAUGUAGGUUUUAUGUCAAAUAUCUAAAACCUAAACGCCUGUCUCUGCAAAAUGUUGUGCUCUCUGUGUUUGGUAAAUUAGGAACAAGUGAUUAGUCAGACUAGUCGUAAACUAUUUGUAAGGCUAACAGGCGACACAGCAGUCGGACAAAACAUACUGAUGCUAGUUAUUCACUCCCCACAGGCAUUUUGUGCUCAGGAUUUUACAUCAUGUUAUUCAAUGAAGAGUUCUGUUAAAGAUGGGGGGAAUAACCCUGGUCCCAAACAGAAAUAUUACUCAGUGGAGAUUAUUGAAAAGAAACAUUUCUACCAUCGGCUCCUGUCUUAUAUCUGAUUUCUGUUUUACAUGUUGCUGCGGUUUGGUCUUUUUUUACUGUGUAACCCUGGUGAUGUCCUGAGGGUUAUUUUCCCAAAAGAAAGGACAUAAUACAAAUGUUCUUUUUACAGGCUGAGUAGUACUUCUCAUGAUGAGUAAACUGACCUUCCAGGGUUCCAUUUAAAUGCAUUUACCUUAAAAACAGAGCAUUUAGGAAAACGGGAGAAUAAACAGGAACAAAGCAUGAGGAAAAUGUGCAGAAAGGAGUCGUAUACGAGGGCUGCCACAAUAUCAGAUUUUCACUACGAUUACAAUAAUAUCAUAUGUACAGAAAAAACAGUAAAAACAACACAGGUUCUUCUUUAA